GAUUUGUAAGUAAAGCCUGAUACACAUUAUUUAUGUGCAUUGAACUUUAUGUCAUUUUAUUAUGAACUAUUGUGAGUUUGUAUAAUGGAAUAUGUCACUAGAUUUACAUCUAUAUUAAAAUAAACUAUGGUUAUGUACAUGAACAUAACCAUAUAUUGUUAUUAUCUUUAUCAAUAUAUGUUGGAAUUAUACAAGUGAAGUUUAUGUAAAUGUUUAUAUAAAUUACAUAUUCUGUAUAAAUUGUUAACAAUUCUAUAAUAAUACUACAUUAUGAUUUAAAAAAAAAGCAAAAUGAGACAACAAAUAACUGAUACAAAAAUUAAUUCUCAUACAUCUGGAGAAGCUGAUGAAUGUCUUUUCGAAUAUUUACAUGCUGAAAUGGUUAAUUAUGCUUUAAAUAAAUCAUGUAAAAAUAAGGAAGGAGAAGAAGAACUAUCUCGAUUAGAAUGGAUGGGAUUCAGUGUUGGUUACAGAAUCAUUGAACGAUUGACACGAGAAUGGAAUCGAUUUAAAGAUGAAUUGGAUAUGAUAAAGUUUAUCUGUACUGAUUUUUGGUCAAGUCUUUAUCAUAAACAAAUUGACAAUUUAAGGACAAAUCAUCAUGGUGUAUAUGUAUUACAAGAUAAUUCAUUUCGAUUAUUAAAUAAAGUAGGUACUAAUAAUAAACAAUAUUUACAAGAAAGUCCACGUUUAUUAGCAUUUACUUGUGGACUUUUAAGAGGAAGUUUGGCAAAUCUUGGAAUUAUUAGUACUGUUAAUGCAGAGAUUUCUACAUUACCAAGUUGUAAAUUUCAUGUACAAGUUCAAAGAAUUUAAUGUUAAUAAAUAUGAUAUAAAAUAUGUACAAUAAAAAUUAAAGCAUGUUACAAAAUGAUAUAAAAUCAUAUAAUUAAGAAUUUUAUGAAUAAUUAGAAAAAAAUUAUAAAAUUUUAUUAUAAUUUUAUUCAUUAUAUACAAUUAUAUUUUAAUUUUAUUCAUUACUAUUAAUAAUAAAAUGUUUUUCAUAUUAAUUUUUGAAAUAAA